AUGUGUCCUCACUCAUCGGGAUGUAUUGCUGCACUCUUCUGCUGCACUCUUCUGCUGCACUCUUCUGCUGCACUCUUCUGCUGCACUCUUCUGCCGCACUCUUCUGCUGCACUCUUCUGCUGCACUCUUCUGCCGCACUCUUCUGCUGCACUCUUCUGCUGCACUCUUCUGCCGCACUCUUCUGCUGCACUCUUCUGCCGCACUCUUCUGCUGCACUCUUCUGCUGCACUCUUCUGCUGCACUCUUCUGCUGCACUCUUCUGCUGCACUCUUCUGCCGCACUCUUCUGCUGCACUCUUCUGCUGCACUCUUCUGCCGCACUCUUCUGCUGCACUCUUCUGCUGCACUCUUCUGCCGCACUCUUCUGCUGCACUCUUCUGCCGCACUCUUCUGCUGCACUCUUCUGCUGCACUCUUCUGCCGCACUCUUCUGCUGCACUCUUCUGCCGCACUCUUCUGCUGCACUCUUCUGCUGCACUCUUCUGCCGCACUCUUCUGCUGCACUCUUCUGCUGCACUCUUCUGCCGCACUCUUCUGCUGCACUCUUCUGCUGCACUCUUCUGCCGCACUCUUCUGCUGCACUCUUCUGCUGCACUCUUCUGCCGCACUCUUCUGCUGCACUGUUCUGCUGCACUCUUCUGCCGCACUCUUCUGCUGCACUCUUCUGCCUCACUCUUCUGCUGCACUCUUCUGCCGCACUCUUCUGCCGCACUCUUCUGCCGCACUCUUCUGCUGCACUGUUCUGCUGCACUCUUCUGCCGCACUCUUCUGCUGCACUCUUCUGCCUCACUCUUCUGCUGCACUCUUCUGCCGCACUCUUCUGCUGCACUCUUCUGCUGCACUCUUCUGCUGCACUCUUCUGCCGCACUCUUCUGCCGCACUCUUCUGCUGCACUCUUCUGCCGCACUCUUCUGCCGCACUCUUCUGCCGCACUCUUCUGCCGCACUCUUCUGCCGCACUCUUCUGCCGCACUCUUCUGCUGCACUGUUCUGCUGCACUCUUCUGCCGCACUCUUCUGCUGCACUCUUCUGCCUCACUCUUCUGCUGCACUCUUCUGCCGCACUCUUCUGCUGCACUCUUCUGCUGCACUCUUCUGCUGCACUCUUCUGCCGCACUCUUCUGCCGCACUCUUCUGCUGCACUCUUCUGCUGCACUCUUCUGCUGCACUCUUCUGCUGCACUCUUCUGCUGCACUCUUCUGCUGCACUCUUCUGCUGCACUCUUCUGCUGCAGGAUGUCGAGAUCCAGGUCUUUGAGAGUGGUGGUCUCAUCCACAGCCACCUUCUCCAUGCUGCGCCCCUGUGUUCUCGGAGCUGCACUCUCACACUCACCUCUGCUUGA